AACUCUUCUUUAGUUUUCUUCUCUGUGCAUUAUGCCUGCUCUAAAUUCCGGUUUCUUUUUUUUCUGGGGCUCUUCCAUGAGACCUGUUUGAGCUUUCUCCAGAACAUCUGUUGGCUCUUGGUUCAUAUUUAAGGAUGAGAUGUACCAGGAGCGUCUGCUUGGAGCGUCUGCGUCCAUGGUCCUUUGUCCUCUGGCGGCCCCGGUCUUACAGAAACCUGGCAGCAAUCUGACCUCUUUGGGAGGGGGACACCCCGCAUCUUGGCGUUUUCCGGCCUCUUUUCUUGGGCCAGAUGAGUGCUUCUAGGGAGGCUACGUCUGCUUGCCCACCCAGUGGGAGAUGCUGCCAGGCUGGGAUGCCCCUCACUCAUUCCACCCGCUCCUUCGUGCACCGUGCCCCCUCCCCCGGGGCACCCUCCCACAGCGGGGCCUGGUGCACCUCUCACCUCUUUCUCUCUCGUCUUUUCUGUAAUUCCUCUGCUGUGGCUGGUGAACGGUGAACAGUUGUUGCCUGUUGAAAUGCAGGUUGACCAGAUUUGGUCGGGAUUAUCCCUGGGUCUCUUUCUCAGGGAUUUUGGCUUAGAGAUUUGUAUUUAAGACCAGGGCUGAAGUAACAAGAGGGUAAAAUGGACAGGUUUAAAAUAAAUUACUUAAUUUUCAGGAUUGUCAAGCAGUUUACUAGUAACGAAAACCUGGAGGAGUCAUGAUUUCAUAGUUAAAGAUAGUUCUGAGUAACGGAACUUCAGGUGUGAAGCGUCACACUGGUUACAUGUGCUCCAAAAAUUGAUCAUAUGCACUGAGAAAUAGUAUAUGUUCUUUGGUCAUAAAAUAAGUAACUUUUCUAAUCAGAUUUUAUUAUCUUUCAGAUCCUACCACAUAGGACAGUAUGCACCUUAAGAUCCUGAGGAAAAGACACAAAAUGUUCAAGUAAUGUCUAAAAAUAAUUUGUGAGGCCUCUCUCUGGAUCUGAGACGGGGACCAGUUCACGUUGUUGCGUCUGCCUGUAAACAGAUGCGCACUUGCCGUGAGCCCAGGGGCGUGCGGGCACCCGACGGGGAGCCCGGAGAGAAGACCCAGGCCUUUCCCACGAGGGCUGACAGCCAGCCCGGGGCUGAGACACGGACGCCCUCUCAAGGGAAACCAUGCCGUCAUCAGGACACCGGCUCCGGGAUGUCGAACACCAUCCUCUCCUGACCGAAAAUGACAACUACGACUCUUCCUCCUCCUCUUCAUCCGAGGCCGACGUGGCAGACAGGGUCUGGUUCAUCCGCGACGGCUGUGGCAUGAUCUGUGCUGUCGUGACGUGGCUACUGGUCGUGUACGCGGACUUCGUGGUGACGUUUGUCAUGCUGCUGCCUUCCAAAGACUUCUGGUACUCCGUGGUCAAUGGAGUCGUUUUUAACUGCCUGGCGGUGCUUGCCCUGUCCUCUCACUUGAGGACCAUGCUCACCGACCCCGGGGCAGUACCCAAAGGGAAUGCUACUGAAGAACACAUGGGGAGUUUGCAGCUGAAGCCUGGGGAAGUGAUCUACAAGUGCCCCAAGUGCUGCUGUAUCAAGCCCGAGCGCGCCCACCACUGCAGUAUUUGCAAAAGAUGUAUUCGGAAAAUGGAUCAUCACUGCCCCUGGGUGAACAAUUGUGUCGGAGAAAAGAAUCAGAGAUUUUUCGUGCUCUUCACGAUGUACAUCGCGCUGGCGUCCGUGCACGCGCUCGUGCUCUGCGGGCUGCAGUUCGUCGCCUGCGUCCGAGGGCAGUGGACUGAAUGCAGUGGUUUCUCACCUCCAGUCACUGUGAUCCUGCUGGUCUUCCUGUGCCUUGAGGGUCUGCUGUUUUUCACUUUCACCGCAGUGAUGUUCGGCACCCAGAUCCACUCCAUAUGCAAUGAUGAAACGGAGAUUGAGAGGCUGAAGAGUGAGAAGCCGACGUGGGAGCGGAGGCUGCGGUGGGAAGGGAUGAAGUCUGUCUUCGGGGGCCCCCCCUCGCUGCUCUGGAUGAACCCCUUCGUCGGCUUCCGAUUCAGGCGACUGCAGACGAGACCUAGGAAAGGGGGCCCUGAGUUCUCGGUGUGAGGCUCUCUCAUCGUGCUGGGACUUGUUCACGGACUUUAUCUAUUUGGGGUCAGAAAGGGUAUCAGCAGCUCAUCUGUGGCCAGUAGGGCAAGUGGAGAGCAGUUGCUUGCAGCAAGCAGAGUUUAUACGUUUACGGUCACAGAUGGCGGAGUUCCCACACUAACUGGGUGGCGCUCUGAUCCGUGUCACCGUCCAGUAACAAAGGGACGUGGCCGCACGGAGAAGCCAAAUGUCAUUAUCUUCCUGCACAGUUAGGAGUUCUGUUAACGUACUUGGCAUUUUUUAAGAAGUUUCGUGGGUUGUUACACGGGUUAUUAAAAUCCUGUGUGCUGAGCUGCUUUUCUCACUCAUGAAGAAAACGAGCCAAGCCAGUGACCAGGAAUUCUGCGGCUGGUGGCUUCGGGGAGCUCCCGCUGGCCCCGUGAUUCCUGAGGGUCUGCCUCGGUCCAGGAGGGGCCUGGAUGCAGGAGCCACAGGCGCUGCACGGAGCAGCAGGGCUGCAGGUGCGCUCCCCGCCCGGGGCUGGUGGGCCCUGACGCUGUGGGCAAGUCCACGUGUGUCUGUGUGUGUGCGUGCACGUGUGUUUUAAAGUGGGCCGUGUUGUUCAGGCAACAUAACACGUUAUGGGCGUGUGCCACAGACAAGCUGUUUUUUAGAAACCGACGUUUCAGGGAAGAGGGGAGAGCUGCGCGGGGUCCCCCCUCCCGUGGGGUUUACUAUGAAUGUAUUGCAUAUUGGAGAAUAUCUCAAUCCAAAGAACAAUCAUUCCUGUGUGGUCUUCUGUUGCCCUCCUGUUUUAAUUUUUUUUACAAAAAUCUUGCGUGCGUGAGAGGGCUUUGGCACUGACCUGUCUGGUUCUGGCCCAAUGAGCAGCGUGUAAACGGCCCCUCCGUGAGAGGAGAGCAGCGUCUGUGGCGGCCUGGCACCUGCAGCCUGAUGCUCGCGCAGAUGGCCUGCAGGGGGCGCACGCGGCCCCGACGAGGUGAGGGGGCCGCGAGGCAGGAGCCCCUGGGCCCCGUGGGCCUCGCUUGCAGACUAUUCAGGAUGGCGACAGCUUGUUUGAUUUUUCAGUUUUUACCUUUUUGGGGCAUCAUUUUGUUUCUUUACCCACGUCACAAGCGAUUAAAUAGGACCCUUGGUGCAGAGCUUAAAAUUAUGCCAGAAAGCAAACAGCUCCCCUCCCUGGGGACUCGCCUUAAACUUGCCUGGUUUGUCGGUGUUUCGCGGGACUGAGGAGGAAGCCAUCUCUGACAAGGUCUUGGGGGGGGGGGCGGUGUUCCCUGAGCCCACGUCCCACGCUGAGAAGAGUGGGCGUCUCCCUCCUGGUCUCCACGCCUCUCUGCUCAUCUGUGAGCUGUUUUGCUUUCGUUUGCAUUACCCGUCCCCUGUCCUGAUCAGGGCUUCUACCACUGCUGGCGCAGAACCACAAAGGGCCUAUUGGACAGCAGUCUAGCUGAGUAAGCGAGCUGUGGGACGGGUGUGAAAUGGAGUCAGUCACUGCAGGAUGUGGGCCGUGACGGGGGCGCCGAGUCGCAGCCGGAGGACUAACAGAACAGGAGACUGAUGGGUUUCCCGACACUGUUCUGCAGUAUCUGUCGUCUGGGUUGGACGUGUGUAUUGGGCUUCAACGUGAGGCUUUUCAUAUGUAUAUCCUGGUUAUCAAUAAAAACAAUUAUCAAAGUGGUUGGAUCCUGUGAGACUUGGCAAAUACGUGCAAAUCAAGUAAACUUGACUUUUCAACCUCUUCUUUCAAUGUAACUUUUUUAAGAAAUAAAGCCACCAGUUGACAUUCUC